AUGUGUACGCAUGUGCUUCCACACCAUACCCUGACCAUUCGGGGACAACUCCUCUGCAAGAGAGACAUAGAUGCCAUCCAUGAUGAGUCGUACCAAGAGGAACAGUGCGAGGGGCAGCGGCAGAAGAAGAAAUUGAAUCUCCAAAGAACGAAAGGAACUACAAUUGGAACCGUGCUGUGGAACUUGGAGCGUGUGGAUCGGGUGGAGAUUGGGGAGGGGGUUUCAAGGGUUAUAUACCGAAAUAUCACAUGGUCAUACAGGCCCUGGGUUAACUAG